AUAGGAUUUGAUAUGAUUGCAACAAACCAGAUAGUAUUUAGUUGUAAACAUAUACAACCAUUCCUCCUCUCACUUUCUCUUCUCAUAAUCCUAAAACUCGCUCGCUCUGUGUGUCUUUCUCUCUUUUCUAGUUUCCUUCAACCCCAAGCUCUUUUUUUUCUCUCUCUCAGAACUUUGAUUUUUUUUUCCAUCUCUGAUCACAAUGAAUACAUAUUACAGCGAUCUCACGGAGACGUGGUCGAAUUUCUCUCUUUUGGUGGAUACUGCGGCGUCGCUUCACGAACAAGAACGCAAACAAACAUCUCGAAAAGAAGAAGAGGAACAGAGAAUGAAGAGAAUCUUUGAUCUUUUCAAAAGAAAACCAAGAUCAUCGGUAAAGAAACCUCUUCAAAACCCUAACGGUGCUUCUACUUCUUCUUCUUCACAUCUCUUCGAUCUUAACAAGAUCCCCUCAGAGAAGACUAAAAACCCACCAAACCCUAGUUCCCUAUCAUCUUCCUCUUCCUCGUGCCUAACAGAGAACAACACAAGCAGCCGCAAGAGACGUGCCGUGCAAGAAGGAAAGCGCAGUUUCAAGAAACCAAAGGUGUCAACUUUAUUCACAUGGGAGGGGAAAGAUACUCCAGAUUGGAUGCUCCAGUUGAUGAGAGACACGAAAGGAGCGCAAGACCCGAUGCUAAUCUUCGAGAAGACUCUGUUCGAAACAGAUGUCAAACCAAGCCAGAGCCGUCUCUCGAUCCCUUUCCACAAACUGAUCCGAAACGACUUCUUGACACCCGCUGAGUCGAGAAUCAUCGAGGAAGACAUCAACAACAGAGAAAAGAUGGGGUUGGGAGCGGUUCUUGUUGACCAAGGCACUAAGAAGUGGGGUGUGUUUCUCAAGAGGUGGGAGAUGAACGGUUCUUGGAACUACGCUUUGGUUUGUGGGUGGAACGAUGUGGUGAAGGCCAAUGGAUUGAAAUAUGGCGACAGCAUUAGUCUUUGGUCUUUCAGGUGCCGAGGAGUCCUCUGUUUUGCUCUUGUUCCUCUUCCCAUGUGACAGACAGAGUAGCUCUUCCCUUUGGGUAACAUCUUACUUGAAGCGAUUCUGUAGGUGCCUUCUCAGAAUUGUAAUUAUCAAGAUUAUGGUUUUAGUACAGUUGUGUUUGAUCUUACAACACCUUGUUGGGUUUAUCUCAAGUAUUUUUUAAUUGUUUAUGAUUCUGUACUAUGAUUAAUUGACCAAUGAUUUGACAUGAAUGAAUACGUUUUCUCUUAUUAGUUUCA